CUUCAAAAAAUUUCUAAUAAUUCUAUUGAAAAAUAUAAGAGUGGACAGUAAAAAGAUCAGGAAAUUAUUAAAUAGAUAUGUGGUUUCAAGAAUCUUAAGUGAAGAGGCGUUGACAAUAAUUUAUAAUACCAAGAAAUAUUAAAUACGGGACGAAUUACUCCACCUCGAUCUGUCAGUCUUUAUUACCGAUCAUACCAUUUUUUAAUACACUUUAAUAUAAUACUGUGACUUGUACAAGUUUUACGAAAAGAUGAAAUGUCGAUGAAUAUUUCGUGUGACAGCUUCCGAUGAUACAAAAAUCGCAUGACAUUAUGCUGAAUGAUAGUUUUAUUAUGAAAAACUUCGUCGCACUACUGUCAGAUAACAAAACGGAUCAUGUUUGACGAAAACAUGACAGUUUUUCCUAAAAAAGGAGAACAGUUUAAGAAGAAAUGUUUAAAUGAUACUACAUAAAAAGAAAGAAAUCCUGGAAAUUUUAAGAAAUUUAAUCUGUCAACAAUGUAGUGCUUUUUAAACCAGCUGCCCUUAAUAGCUACAGACUACAAUAUGUGAUAAGAGAAUCCGAAUGUUUUGAAAAUCCUGUAUACAGAUAGAAGAGUAUAUUUUUAAGAUGGUCAUACACAGAUAUUUUGUUCAAUGUUAAUGAUUUUAGCACAAUAUUUUAUGUACAUAAGGAAUUUUGUGUCUUUAUAUUGCUGAGAAAUGUAAAAAGAGAAACAAAGAAAAAUACACUUUGUGUGGAUGGGAAAAAAUACAUAAAAUUGACCAAAAAUAAAAGUAAUGAUACUAAAGCAUAUUUGUAAAAUUGUUUAAAUGAUGAAGAUCAAGUUAUAAUAGUGAAUAGGUCAUACUAUGUAUUUCUAAUAUAGUUUUUAACUUUUUGUUAAUGGCACAAAUUAUGAUAAUAACAGAUUAGUAUUAAUGAAAAUAAGAAAGAAGCUUGUUGCAAUUAAUAACUCAAAUAUUUUAUAUGUAUAUAGUUGAGGAUAAUACAAUCUCUAUACAAACCAUAGGAACAUGCAAAGAUUGUAUCUUACUAGGCAAAAUGAUAUUUGUGAUAUAACAAAAAAUAUAUAUACGUAGAAUUUAAAACUAAAUAUAUUAGAAAAAUAUUCACAAGGAAAUGCAAUAAAAAUAGAGCUUUCAAUUAGAAUUAACACAUAAAUGUAAUUAAGAAAGAACUCAGUAAUAAUAAAUAACUAUUCGUGAAGAUUAGGUUGAAUAUGUGGAAAUAAAAAAUUGAUAUGAUGCUAAGUCAAGGUUAUUCAUUACAGUAUUAUAUGGAUCUGAACAACUGAUAAAUGAAAUAUUGAUAGAAUCAUAAGUAUGGAAAGAAAUAUAUAUAGUAACACUUCUUAGGGGUCAUGCCCCCUGGGGCAAAAGGUGGAGCAGAGGGCCUGGGCCCCUCCUGUUCUGAAAUUCACAACAGCCAAGAACAUGCUAUUGCUAAACUCACACCUUCUCUUACAUUUGCUCAGCAAUGCUACAGACAUCUUAAGAGUUCCGGUAUAGGAGAGGCAAGUGUAUACCAUGCUCUGGUUGUAAUAUUUUUGGAAUUUUUUGCAUGGGGUUUAUUAACCAUGCCUGUUAUUUCUGUAUUAAAUAUUACAUUUCCAAAUCAUACGUUCCUGAUGAAUGGUUUGAUAAUGGGCAUUAAAGGAAUCUUAUCAUUUCUUUCUGCACCAUUAAUUGGUGCCUUGUCUGAUGUAUGGGGUCGAAAAUUCUUUCUACUCAUCACAGUAGCCUUCACAUGUGCACCGAUUCCUCUAAUGAGCAUUAAUACAUGGUGGUUCUUUGCUAUGAUCUCCAUCAGUGGUGUCUUUGCUUGCACAUUUUCAGUGGUGUUUGCAUAUGUUGCUGAUGUUACUGAGGAACAUCAAAGAUCUCCAGCAUAUGGUUUAGUAUCUGCAACUUUUGCUGCAAGUAUGGUAAUAAGCCCAGCAUUGGGAGAUUAUGUCAUGAAAGUGUAUGGAGAAAAUCUUGUGGUUGCAUUAGCAACAGCUAUUGCAGUGUUGGAUGUGUUUUUUAUAUUAGUGGCUGUACCUGAAAGUUUGCCUGAAAAAGCUCGUCCACCAGCACCUAUUUCUUGGGAGCAGGCAGACCCCUUUGCUUAUCUUGGAAAGGUUGGCAAAGAUCACACUAUUUUAAUGUUGUGUAUUACUGUGUUCCUGAGCUAUCUUCCUGAAGCAGGACAGUAUAGUUGUAUAUUUGUCUACUUGACUAAGGUUAUGGGAUUUACUGCUUUAAUGGUAGCAUUUUUUAUUGCUGUGGUUGGAAUUUUAAGCGUUGGUGCUCAAACUCUCUUGGGCGUUUUGAUAAAGACACUUGGCAGUAAACAUACUAUAAUGUUAGGUCUUCUAUUUGAGAUGUUACAACUCAUGUGGUUUGGCUUCGGUUCACAAACAUGGAUGAUGUGGGCAGCUGGAGUGCUUGCUGCUGUGUCAAGUAUUACAUAUCCUGCAAUCUCUGCGUUUAUAUCCAUGCAUUCUGAUGCAGAUAAACAAGGUUUGGUACAAGGCAUGGUAACUGGAAUGCGUGGAUUAUGUAAUGGUCUAGGGCCAGCAAUGUUUGGAGUAAUCUUUUAUCUUUUUCGCGUUGAUCUCAACGACAAUUCUUCUUCCCUUCCUGCAAGGCCAUCUCCAUUAGAUGAAAAUAACAAAACAGGAACUGCCACGCAACAUCUUGAUAUUAUGCCACAAAUAGUAACCCAGCUUGUACCAGGACCACCAUUUGUGUUUGGUGCAUUACUUGUGAUAUGUGCAUUACUAGUAGCUGCAUUUAUACCUGAAUCAAACACAAUGCCAACUGGUCCAUUACAUCAUCCAUCCACCUCCCGGAGGCUCUCCGGUAAAUACGCAUAUCAGAAAUGUACGUUAAAGGUUGUCAGUUAUGUUAAAAUUCAGAUGUAUUUUUGGUGGUGGAUUUUAUUGUAAGUCAAUUUGGAUAACAAUAGUAGCCGAACGAUGGUUUAUCCUUGGAUGUACAUUAUGAGGGAGACAAAUUGGGAAGCGGGAAAGGAAAAAUAGGACCGCUGUCACCUCUAGUCGACAAUUGCAACUCUGCUGCUCUAUAGCUAUUGUAAAAACUAAGACGAGCUACAAGAAGAGGGACAUGUACCUUUGUGAUAAAACUAUCUUUAGAGGAACGGUUACUAUCAAGUGCACCUACUACACAAGGACUUUAAAAAAGCUGUCUAUAUUGUAUUAUAUUAUAUCUUUAAGUCAAUAACUGAGGUUAUCUUAGGAUUAUCAAUCCACUUAAUGUUUAGGUUACGAAAAAUUUUACAAGCAGUGCUGUUUUAAUGACAUUUAGGUUGAGCUAAACAUUAAGUUCGAUCGUUUUAGGUAUAUUUUGUUAUAUAAAAAGUUAAAAUUUUACAUUUAAAAAAAAAGGAGAUUGUAAUAUUAUCUUGUACCAAGUACCAGACACCUCAUUCAUUCAUUCUGAUUCAUUUAUCAGUGACUCCUGGUUUGUGUAGCUUGCCAAUGCAUAAAACGAUAAAACGAAUGAAAGUUGUAACCAGUAUUUUUACUAGACUUAUAACGUAAAAACUCUAUAACUUUUUAUGUAAAAACUUUUUUUAUGAUGUGUUAUUCAUCGCUUAUUAGGAUCACAUAAGGGCAACAAUUUUGUAUAAUUUAGGCAAGAGCACCUGUUACUUUGAUCACCAGCAUUAUAAAUUUUUAGUUUAGGAUAUUUUCUGACAUUUUUGUGAAUCGUCUUUGGAAAACAAAAUCUUAUUUAUUUGCGGAUGUACUUUGUCUCAUUUUUCAUGCAUUCCUUUGUUUUAAGCAUACCUUUGAAUUAACGAAGAAAGAAGAGUGCAAUAGUUGCGGAAAAAAUGGAAAGACGUUGUAAAUGAAACUUUACGUAGUUGAAAUAGAGAAUAAGUUUCCAAUCGCAUAUAAUACCUAGUAAGAGUUAGCUGAUGUUUGUAAGUACGUUAACUAUCUUUUUUGCAUAAAUAUUUAUUUUAAUAAUUAGACAUCAACAGAAUGAAUUCAAUGGCCUUAAUCAGAAAGAAAAAAAAACAAUUUAUAUGAAAUUAUACUUUGCCAUUUGAAGGCAAUGGUAGAUUUUGAUCAUGAAUGUUAUGAACAUUAUUAGUCGAAUGCUGACAGCGUUACUCAAACGUUAAAAUGUGCAUGUUAUAAAUUGGAGUCAUUGAUGUUAACAAAAUACAAUAGUGUAGUGUAUUUGUGCAUUUUACUUGUACUUUGAAAGAAUUAGUGUUUGCGGAAUUAUAUGUGCAUUGCCAUAGUCCACAUAACUCUCUGAAUUUGAAAUCAACAUUAUUUAGAAUAAAUUUCGAUGUUGCGUUAAAAUUUGCAUAAUACUAUGUUUGUUUUAUAACAGAUGUAAGACUAUUUAACAUAUUCGAAAUGAAAUUAGCUUUAUUGUUCAUAAUUUUGUUUAGUAUACAUGAAAUUAUAACUGUCAUUCGUUACGAGAUAAUUCACGAUAAAAGAGGAUGCUCAAAUCCCAUCGAAAACCAAAGAACGACUUAGUAGCAGAUAUCCUAUUCAAGAGUUGUAAUAUUAGAAAACAGUAGGAACUCAUGAAAUUAUGGUGCAAUGCGCGAGCAAAAAAUAAAAUUUUGUAUGAUCUCACUUUUCUCCAAGAAUGCUAUUUUUUAAAUCAGGAAAGAUGUAAAUAAAUCAUUAUAUAUGGUUUUUUUUGUAAAAAUUCGAAAGAAGGGCUAAUCAAUUCAUAUGAAAUCUUAAUCCCAUUAGUACUAUUCUGUUCUUUGAAAUUACUUUGGUAUUGAGAAAGUGUUAUACAUAUCUUUUUAUAUCUCUUUGUUAAGGUAAGUCGUGGAAUAAAAUUCCAUUACAAAUGCACAACAUAAAUAUAUAUGAUAAGAUUAUUAUGUCCAGUGAUAAAAUAUGUAAAACAAAUUUUGAGAAUAUAUGAUAACUUAUUUGUGUUAAAUUUCUUGGAGAAUAUAAGUAUAACAUGCAAUAAUUUUAUAUUUCUGCUUGAUUUGAAAGUUAUUUAUUAAAGUUUGCUCUUAUACACAGAAGUACAUCAACACUGUUGUAAUAUAACAUUGCAAAACAAACAAAAGAGUCACAGUAUAAAAAACAAAGUCCAGUUUAAGACUUAACACCUCAAUAAAGUAAGUAAUUGUAUAUGUACAAUGUAUGAUGGAUGCAUUAAUAAAAUAAUUAUUUUUAAAAUAUAAGGAAA